CAACUUGCGUGAAGUUUAAUGCCGGUUGCACUUCGGAACUACAGCACUAGUGACUCAGGCUUAGUAGGCUCAGUUGAGGCCGGCCGCCCGGCGGCGCCCGGCGGCGCGCGGCGCGGCCCCCGGGCCCCGGGCCCCGGUGAGUCCCGGUCGCUCGGAACUUUCGAAGUUCCGGCGGGCCGCGACCGUCCGACCGUUCACAUUGAAGGCUAACGUCGGACCGGGCCUCCGAUACUGCGCUCAGCCUGGCGCAAGCCGCCAUCGUGACCGCCGCGCCAUGCAAUCAUGAAUGAUUGGCCGGGUGUCACAAGUAUGACCGGCCCGGUACUCGCUUUGGCGGCCACCGUGGCACUGCCCGCCGAACAAUCCGAUUUAAGGCCGCGCUCACCGUCACGCCUGAGCCCGGCGGCGGCUGAGCCUGAGCCUGGCACGGUUCACGGUUCAUGCAACUCAACAGCCGCCGCCGCUGGCAAAGUGCCGCUGUGCGCCGGCUGCUGUACGGUACCCGCCAGCCGGCCGGCCGUCGGGUUGGCGGCGCGGCGAGGCUUGUUCACCAACAAUUCCCACUGUGCUCAUCGGAUGAGGCAAUCGCCGUCUUGGCAUCAACCUGCUCCGCCCUCACUCCCAGAACACUUACUUCACAUACAGAGCAGUCAGGUGUACUGCAAGUCAAAAGGAGCCGCUGGUUGGAGGCCUCAAAAGGCUUCCUGCUCUCAGACUCUGCCAGCAUUGCCGCUGGCUGGAUUAAUAGCUGAGUCUCCAGCUGUCAGAGUCUCCUCGGUACA